AUGUCUCAAGUGGAUACGAAUUUAAUGAAAGUUGAUGAUAAUGAUAAAAUAUUUAUUCAAUCGAACAAUUUAAAUAUAAUUGAUGAUGAAACAUCAAAUAAUCAAUCUGGUAAUAAUAAUUUAAUAAACAAUAAUAUUACAGAUUAUUAUGGUAAUAAUAUGAAUUCACAACAAUCAGAAUUUAUAUUUGAUGAAACUGAUGAGUUUUUAAAAUCUAUCACAGGAGGAUUAAGUAAUUCAAAGAAUGAGAUAGGAGAUAAUAAUGGAAAUAAUUUUAAUAAUUUGAAUUUUAAUGGUACUAUACUAUCACCAUCAUCUUUAAAUGGCGAAGAUAUUGGUUACCCUGACUAUUUAAAUAAUUAUUCUAAUCAAAAUCAACCUUCAAACUAUCAAGAUAAUCAACAAUAUCAAUAUCAACAACAACAACCACAAUCACAAAAUCAAGAAUCUUCAUCUCAAUUAGCACAACAACAAAACUUAUAUACUCAACAACCUCAAUAUGCAUCAAAUAUUAGAUCACAUUCAUCUUCAAUUGUUACUUUCACUAAUGAAAAUGUAACUCCCUUAUCUAAUGAAUCACAUGAAACUUCAGAAUUUACAUCACCAGAAUCUAUUAAUCAUCAUGUUGAAAAAACCAAUAUAUCAAAACCUCAACAACAAAAACAACCUAAACGUAAUAAUUCAAGUUCAAAAGUUGCAAAACCAAAAAAUAAUAAAGAUAAAAAUUCACAUAAUAUGAUUGAAAAAAAAUAUAGAACUAAUAUAAAUUCAAAAAUUUUAAUAUUAAGAGAUGCAGUACCAGCAUUAAGAAUAGCUGCAGGAUGUGAUGAUGUAUCAUUAGCUGAUUUAGAAGGUAUAACACCUGCUUCAAAAUUAAAUAAGGCAAGUGUUUUAACAAAAGCUACUGAAUAUAUAAAACAUUUAGAACAAAAAAAUGCUAUAUUAAAAGAUCAAAAUUUAUAUUUACAACAAAUUAUACAAGAGGCUAAUUUAAGUUCAAGAAUUCAAAUGCCUCAAAAUUUACAACAACAAUCUCAAUCAGUUGAUAGUUCACCUCAAGAAUAUAAUUCAAUGAGACAAAGAAUUCAUCAAGAACAGCAACUGCAACAACAACAGCAACAAAACAUUCAAUACAAUCAACAAGAAAAUCAAUCAAUAGAUUCUCAACAAGUGACACCACAUCAACAAUCCAAUCAACCAAAUAGAUAUUUAUUGGGUGGUAUGGCAACAGUAAUGGCAACUUCAUUAUUUGGAGGUGGAACAGGCGAAAAUGAUUUUAGAAGUUUAAAUGCUUUACCAUUUAUUCAUUAUUUAUUUCCUCAUUCAUUACUUCAUCCUUCUCCAAUUAUAUUACAACUAUGGUCAUUAAGUAAAGUAUUAUUAGUCAUAGGAAGUUUUAUUUCAAUAUUUUAUCCAUUAUUUCAAUCAUAUUUUAAUUCAUCGAGUGAUAAUGAUAAAUUGAAACAAGUAACAAGUUCAACUUCAAUUGUCUCGAUAUUGGAUCUCAUUUUAACUUCAAGUUAUCUAAAAUUACCAAAUGUUUUAACUGAUGCAAAUAAAAUUGAAAUAUUUCAAACUUUGACUGGUAAAGGUGAAAAAAAUAGUUUAAAAAGAUUGCUCCUUCAAUAUAUUCAUUUAAAUUCAUGUGAAAUUAAUUUUGAAAAUACAUUCUUAUCAUUAAUUAUAAGUAACAUAUUGAAACAAAAAUUACCAAAAUUUGAAUCAAUUAUAAAUCGUUUUUCAAACUUCAAGUUACAAUUAAUCAAAAAUUUAGAAUACAAAGGAUCUAACACAAAUUUAAUCAAAUUAAAUAAAUUAAUCAAACAAAUUGAUGGUAUUUCAAUUUUUGAAAGUGAAAUUUUGAUUCAAAGAUUAACUAAUUUAUUUGCAGGUUAUGAUGUAAAUAAGGGCAUUGAUGAUGAGUUGAAUAUAAAAGUUUAUCAAGUUUUGAGUGAAAGUGGUACAAAUUAUUAUGAUCUAGCUUUCAAAUUAAGAAUUUUAGAAAUUUUAAAUCUUUUAAAUAUUUCAUUUUUAGAAAAUUUGAAUAAUAAAGAAGAUGAUGAUACUUCAAAAGAUGAUUCAACAAAAACUUUAAAUGAUUUAAAAAUUUUAGAAGUAUUGAUACCCAAAAUUUCAAGUGUUUUUGAACAUUAUCAAUUAUUAAAAACUGCUAUAAAUUCUAAUCAAUCACCUUAUUUAUUAAAAUCUUUAAAAACUAAAUUUGAUUUAAAUUUGAAAGAUCUUGAAGUCGAAGAUAUACAGACUAAUGAAGUAGAGGAAAACGAAGAGGAUUUCACUGAUGAUGAAGAAGAAUUAACUGGAAAACUAACAACAAUUUUAUCAAAAGAAGAAAAAAUUGUAUUAAUAUCAUCAUUAAUAUCGUACUAUUAUAAUAUAAAAGAUACGGAGAAAACGAUUAAAUUAUUAAAUUACUUAUCAAUUGUCAUCGAUGACUUAGAAACUAAUGAAAUAAAUUUAAUUAUAUUUACAUCAUUAUUAAAUACAAUAAAAGUUUUAAUACCAAGUUCAUUAGAUGAUAAUGAAAUUAUAUCAUUAAUUAUAAUAAAAUUAAAUAAGUGGAUAAAGUUAAAAGAAAAAAAAAAUAGAACUGAAGAUAAUUCAAGUUCAUCAUCAACAAUAUUAAAUUCAACAAUUUUCUACAAGUUAAGUGAAUUUUUAAUUUUAAAAACUAAAAAAAUUAAUGGAAUAUUUGAUGAAAAUGAUGAUGAUUUUGAUAAUGAUGAUUGUAAUGACAAUGAAAAUGAUGGUUGUGUUAAAUUUUGUGGUGGAAGUUGUGGUAAAAAUAAUGAUGAAGAUGAAGAUGAAGAUGAAGAUGAAGAUGAAGAUGAAGAUGAAGAUGAAGAUGAAGAUGAAGAUGAAGAUGAAGAUAAUAAGUAG